GGAAUAAUCUUCCAGAGUCAGUUAUUUGUCUUUCUUCUUUUAUGUCUUUCAAAACAGCCUUACUUCAGUAUCUCUUCCAGUGAAACGCUUGUCAGUUAAGCAUUUAUGCUUGUUCUUUUUUUGUUUUGUUUUGUAUUUUAAAAUUUUUUUGUUUUAUUUUACUACUUCUGGUUCUAAUCUUAGUUGUCUUCUUUAUUUUGUUAUUUCUUUUAUUACUAUUUUGGUGUUGUUUGGCUUGAGUCAUUGAUACUACAGGUCGGUGACCGUUGAUGACUCUCACUUUUCGUGAAUAAACAAUCUUAGUCUUAGUCUUAGCCUUGGUGACAUCUAGUCUGUUUUUACUCAUUGGAUAGUAAUCAGUGAACUCAUUCGGUUCUGCUCUAGUUUUCAAUUUGAAUUUAGUACAGGAUACGCUACACUAGUAUAGCAGGUUUAAGGCAGUACAAUCAAUAAAAACUCAUCUAGAUACUAGUGCCUGGCGUCUAACUCUUACGCCAAGCAUAACUCAAAGUUUACCGAAUGAUAUGCUACCUAGCUAACGAAAAAAACAAAUAUAAUUGCUUGCGCGUAUUUCGAUCCUUCUGCUGUUUGUAUAAGUAUCCUUUCAACUUUCUGAUUCACUAAGAUGCGACGCACCUGUAAAAAUACUAAUAUUUAUGAACGUUCUUGAUUUAAAAUCUGAUACUGGUAAAAGAUAAAGCUCAUCAAGCACUUUCUAUCAACAACCACUAGCACCCAGUCGUAUCGUAAGAAAGCAUUAUAGUGUGACAGCGUUCGCUGUUUUGAUCGAUUUUGUAGAGGUAAUACCAUUACUUAUAAUCUGCAAGUAAUAUAACAUUUUAAAAUCCAAUAGUUACUUGUUUUAACAAACAAAAUACUAACAGCAGCUAUUUUUAAUUAAAAAUAGCUGCUGUUAUUAUCUCUACAGUUUUAAAAUUUUUACCCGUUAAUAAGCAUAACAUUAGUAAACAAAAUACUAUUACUCUACGCUAUUUUUGCCUCAGUUAUGGAUUUAUUUCAUGCCGAUAAACUUUAUCGGAAAUGUAUUCGGUGUUUACGUCGAAAACCAUAGUCAGAUAUUCCUUUUUAAAACUUGACCACUGUCUCAUCAUAGUAAGUUGAAUAUAUACGGUAAAACGACAUUUUCUUCAACCCCCUUCCGUUCCCAACCACAAAAGACUAAAAAGUUCUGUUUCACUCUGUAUAUGCUUUUAAUUUUAGAUAAUUACCGUUAUAUUGAUCUCUACGUCCAAAAUGGAAUGUACAUUCCUUCAGGGAUAAUUCCCGAUCAUAAAUCUGACCAGUUUAUAUGUUCUUUUGUUUAUAAAUGAUGCAGAAUUUGCUCAACAUAUUGUAUCAACAUCUUCGUAUAGCCGAACUUUUUAUUGUACGUUAUCAAUGUUACCUUUCAUUGUCUUUAAUAUAAUCUGUUUGUUUGUGUAGCUAUUUGAACAUCAUAUAGAAAGUACAGUUGUUGGCAUUUGUUUAUUUACUGUAGCCGUCUUACUAUAUUAUCUUAUUCGUAGAUCUACAAAAAAAACGGGUAAAAAUUCAUAAAAGACGACACACAACGAAAAACUAGUUCGUUUAUUUUCUAUUUUAUGUUCUAGUAAAUGAGCCAAAGCCGCGUUUUCGUAAACGAGAUAAAGUUUUAUAUUAUGGAAAACGUAUUCUUCGAACGAUGAGUUCUUAUUCGUCCACAGCCAACAAUCGAAUUCGUCGUCGUACGAGACGAUUUCAACAAGCGAAAGUUCGUAAUGAGGCUCCUAUUACAUUGCAACCACGAUCACCGCCUGAGUUUUUGCUCGAUACAGAUUUUGACUUCGCUGGUGGAGCACAUAGAGGCGAACAUAUGGUGCCACCAGAAAUAUUAUAUUUAUUGAAAAGUGUCAAAGUAUUCGGUCAUUUUGAACGACCAUUAUUUCUUGAAUUAUGUAAAUAUUUGGAGUCUAAAGUUGUUGUGGCAGGUUCUUAUUUAUUUCGGAUUGGGGAUGAUGACAAUAGCAUGUAUGUUGUACAGAAAGGUUUAUUACAUGUGUUUAUUACAGAUGAAAAGCAUCAUCGUCAUCUGAUUAAAGAAUGUGUUGAUGGUGACACAGUAUUUUCGUUAUUGAGUAUUGUCGAUGUUUUAACCGGUCACAGUAAUCCAUUUCGAACAGUUUCCUGCAAAGCAAUUGAAGAUUCUGUUGUGUUAAAACUGCCAGCUAUUGCUUUUCUUAAAGUUUUCAAAGAAUAUCCAGAAUGUAUUGUUCGUAUAAUUCAAAUUUUAAUGAUUCGUCUACAGCGUGUGACAUUUCUUGCAUUGCAUGACUAUUUGGGUUUAACAACUGAAUUAACAAAUCUAACAAAUAAUCCAGUAGAACAUCCUGAAAAUUCACGAGCACAUGAACACCAUCAUUCCCAUGUUCACAAUCAGACUUCAUCAACACAUUCAACCACGAAUGUACGAGAAACAUCAAGAUCAGACCAAAAUAAUUCAACAGUACCACAAGAACAAAAGAAAUCAAUGAAUUCAAUGACGGGCAGUCACGAAUUAUUAAUCAGCGGCGAUUAUGAUGGUCAUAAUCUGAGAAGUACUUUACCAACGAUUCCAAGUGUAUCAAGUGAAAUGGAAAUGAUAUCAAAUCAGGAUAAUAAUGAACAAUCAUUAUUGUCUAAUACAGUAGUAAAGAAUAAUCAAAAACUUGAUCAAUUAGCAGCAUUAGCUACCGCAACAGAAACAGCUGCUCAUGCAUCAACAUUGCAAGAAGCAACAGAAGCUAUGACCAAUGCUAUUGUUGUCGAACCCUCAGCUCCAGUACCAAUUAUGCAAGACUCAACUAGUCGAAAAAAAGAUCCAUUUCAAGUAAAACGUUCAAUGAGUUUAAUAGAAGAUGGUAAACGAUUGAAACCCGAUUUUGAAGAAGCAGCCGCGCGUGCACGGGUUAAAAAUUCAUUAGAUAAAACGGUUUUUGAAAAACAGAAAAAAACAUACCCGCAUAUGAGCAAAGGGAAAAUACCAGAAAGAACUAGUGCAGACAUACCAGGCCGACAUUCAAGUUUUUCAGAGCAUGAGUAUGGAAGUUUUUACUCUCGAUCGUAUGGCACAGGAAGUGAUAGUGCAGGGAGUGAAUAUAAUGAACAUUCUGAUAAUAGUGGAUUACAAGACGAAUGGCCAUCUAUCAGAGAAGCAUUAGCUACUGUACUCGGACUCGAAGAAGAUGUCACGUUAUUGGACGAUAAAGUACAUUUACAUCGUUUGCCUGACAGUUACACGUUAGCAAAAGAAGGUGUCAUGUUCAUUGAUCGUGAAGGAGAAAUUAGUGGUUUAGUUAGUGUGCUCACUGGUGAACCAACAUUAUUCACUUAUCGAACAAGAGGUGUAACAGACGUAUGUACAAUAACAAAAGAAAAUUUUUAUGAUUUAAUGCGUAUACAACCAAAUCUCGUAUUACCACUCGCUGCAAUGGUGGUAAAACGUAUGUCUCCGUUGGUAAGACAAAUUGAUUUUGCAUUAGAAUGGAUGUUAGUUGAAGCUGGAAAGGCGUUAUAUAGACAAGACUAUAAACCUCAAAGUGUUUACAUUAUACUAAAUGGUCGAGUACGAAGUGUAUUGUUGGCACAAGAUAAAAAACAAAAAGAAUUAGUUGGGGAGUAUGGUCGUGGUGAAAUUGUUGGAAUCAUUGAAGUGUUAAUGGAAAUGCCGCGUCAAAGUACUACUCUUGCCGUACGUGAUACUGAGCUUGCUGUGAUACCGUCAGGCUUAUUGAAUUAUAUUAAAUGGAAACAUCCACGAGUUGUUUCAAGACUGAUUAAUGUUUUAAGUCAAAAAAUUUAUGGCACUCUUCAAAAUACAUUGACCAAUGGCGUUAGUCUAACAUUGCCACCGACCGAUGAAGAAUUUCAGGAUCGUUCGAUUACAUUAACGAAAAAUUUAUCCACAGUUGCAAUUGUAGCUGCCUCAGAAGAUGUUCCACUCGAUGCAUUUACAUGUGAACUUGUUCAUAGUCUGUUAGCAAUAGGUCCAACACUUCAUUUGAACCAACAACUCAUAAUUGACAGAUUUGGUGAAUCAGCACUCGAAAGUAUCAACGACUAUCGUUUAUCGGCGUGGUUAGGUCAGCAGGAAGAGUUUCAUAAAAUUGUUGUUUAUCAGUGUGAUAAAAAUUUAACACAAUGGACACGACGAUCACUGAGGCAAGCGGACUGUAUUUUAAUCGUUGGAAUCGGCUGGAAAGAGCCUGUUAAAGGCGUUGUUGAAAACGAAAUUGAACGUAUUGCUGUACGAGCUCAAAAAGAACUGAUUUUGUUACAUCGUAUGGAUAGUCAAAAACCAAAAGGUACUGCUCGCUGGUUGAAUAUGCGAGAUUGGGUGACGUUUCAUCAUCAUAUCCGAUGUCCUGAUCGUGUAUUCAAAUAUAAAUCAGAAUCUGAUAUUCAGUCUUGGACUGAUUACAGUGAUUUACUUCCAUCUGAGCUAGAUUCAACAUCUGAUUUUGCUCGUAUGGCGAGAUUUUUAACUGGAACAGCAAUUGGAUUAGUUUUAGGCGGUGGAGGUGCACGUGGAUGUGCUCAUGUCGGUAUGAUUCAAGCAAUGCAUGAAGUAGGAAUUCCAAUCGAUUUAAUUGGAGGAACAAGUAUUGGUGCACUCAUGGGUGCCUUAUGGGCAGAUGAAUUAAAUAUUCAAGGAUACGUUGAACGAACGAAAGAUUGGUGUGGGAAAAUGACAUCGGUAUGGCGUAAAUUAAUUGAUUUAACAUAUCCUAUCACGAGCAUGUUUACCGGCGCUACAUUCAAUGAAAUAAUUGAAGAGGCAUUACUCGAUGUUCAAAUUGAAGACCUUUGGAUACCCUAUUUUUGUAUUACAACUGAUAUUAGUGCAUCUAAAAUGCGAGUACACACGAGUGGCUGUGCAUGGCAAUAUGUUAGAGCAAGCUCAUUAUGGCGUUAUGUACGAGCAAGUAUGAGUCUUUCCGGCUAUUUUCCACCUUUAUGCGAUCCCAAUGAUGGUCAUCUCUUGCUUGACGGUGGUUAUGUGAAUAAUGUACCAGCGGAUGUUAUGUCUAAGAUGGGAGCUCAUACAGUUAUUGCCGUUGAUGUUGGUUCUCAAGAUGAACAAAAUUUUGAUAAUUUUGGUGACCGUUUAUCUGGAUGGUGGUUAUUAUAUAAACGUUGGAAUCCGUGGACAACACCCGUUAAAGUGCCCGAUCUUAGUGAAAUACAAACUCGUCUGGCAUAUGUAUCAUGUCAACGUCAGUUAGAACUUGUUAAAAAUUCAAAUUUUUGUGAAUAUCUUCGACCGCCAAUAGAUCGAUACAGAACAUUGCAAUUUGGCAGUUUCGAUGAAAUUAGGGAAGUGGGCUAUCAUCAUGGUCGUGCAGUGUUUCACGGCUGGUCGAAAUUAGAAUCGUACGAUGCUAUAUUUUUGAAACAAAAAUUACAAUCAUCUCGAGAGAAACAAGCUCGACUGCAAAAACAAGAAUCAUCCGGCUCAAAAUUCAUUGAUUUAGCCGAACUGAUUACACGAGUUCGAGAACCAAUUUCGUCAGGCGGAUUACUAGAUGAAGAUGAUGAUGAUGAUGGCGGUGAGAAUGAUGAAAAAAAGGAAUCAGUUCUUAUACAUGACUACAUGGAUUGGCUUAAUUUAGAUUCGUCUACGACAGAAGAUUCACAUUUAUCAUUCUCUAGUACAAAACCACGAACAAGACGUUUAAAGUGUCCAUCAAAUAGAUUAGGUGGCCUACGAAGACAUAAAGCUCGAGUUCGCAUUCGAUCACGUCCAGAAACACCUGUUCAAGACUUGUUAGAUACAGCCAACAGCCGACAUCAAACAAAUAUUGAAGAGAUUCUUUAA